CACCAGAUCACCAGAUCACCUAGAGGAACAUUGGACCUUUCACUCCAGCUCUGGAAGAAUUCACCUCAGGACCUCUAGAGGGGCCAAUAUACGCGCUGGAGGUCUGCUUCAAGCGAUCACUUUAACAAAUCAGUCACUGUUCCUCCCGGCCGGUAAGACAUCGCUCAAGCCAUGUCCACCUCGUCCACCUCAACACGCGACGAAGUGAUUCAGCUCCGGACCGAACUGGAGUAUUCUGCGUUUCUCAACAAAGGCGUACUACAGACGAAUGCAGAACAUAAAGUGAGGAUCGCAGAGCUAGAAUCGGAAAAUCAAUCUCUCCGACGAUCCGAAAAACAGCUCAGUAGAGUGGAGGAUGAAUUGGAGGAUGCUCAAAAGGCUUUGAAGGAGUGGGAAUCAGCCGCCAUGACAUGGGAACGGGAUCGUCAGAAACUGAAAGAAGCGCUCAAAGUCGCCAAGCAAGCUGCUGAAGUUCUCGAAGCGGAGAAACUGGACUGGAUCAAUCGAUUUGCCAAUCUCAGCGAAGCUUUUGCAGCUUUCAUAGAUAACAUAGACAAGGCACGCCAGGAAGCAGCUAGCAUUCAAGCGGGCUCAUCGCGUCGUCAGACCGUGAGGUUGUCCGAGCAGCUUCCGUCAAAGCUGGACGCGUGCAGUCUCCUAGAUCUCCGUCAGCUCCUGCAGCGGUCUCCUCAUCGGCGACACGGAGGGUCAAGCGGCUCCGAUUGACCUCGUCGGCCGAAGAUGAUCGGGAGCCCUCGCCAGUCAAGAGACCCAACCUUCGGCCUCAAGAGGUCAUAGCAAGUCCAAGAAUGACAACGCGACAGAACGAUGCAACUCCCAGGAGAAAAGCGCAGGAUGCUCAGAUGGAGAAGCAUUCGUCAGGAUCACGAGCGAAACCGACAGCCAAUCCAAACCCUAGUUCGAGGCUGAAUACCCGUUCACAUGGAGAGACC